GUUGCAGUCUGCAUAUAAGCGGUAGUGUGGUCAACAAACCACAGUACGCGCCAAGCUAGCGUUCCGUAAGUCGACGAUUUAGUUGUAGUUUACGAUCAGCACCAACACCAUGCUACGUUUGUCAACGUUUUGUUUACUAUUGGCAGUGGCGAUUGCCCAGAACGGAUAUGAGUACAAUAAACCAGGAAAACCGUUCGGUCAAGGUACAUCACCAGGUCGCCCAAGUUACCCUACCGGUGGAUACCCAAGCUCAACCCCAUCUUCCUAUCCCAGUGGAUCGCACGAUGAAUACCCUACCAGUGGCGCUGGAACAACACCUGGAUACCCUUCAAGCCCCUCUACUUACCCAAGCUAUGAUAGACCUCAAACAGGCUACCCUGGUCAAUCAUUCCCUGGUCAGGGGCCAUCCGGACAAUCUGGUCAAACGUAUUCAGGUCAAGAACCUUCAAGACAACCUGGUCAAACUUACCCUGGUCAGGGUCCUUCAGGACAACCUGGCCAAGCUUACCCAGGUCAAAGUCCUUCUAGCCCAGGUCCAAAUUACCCGGGUCAAGGUCCAGUAGGGCCUUCUGGACCAUCCUAUGCAGAACAACCCGGCAACAAUUACCCUAGUCAAAAUUAUCCAGGACAAGGACAGUCACCUAGUCGACCAAGUGGAUUUGGUCCUGGCUUCGGACCAGGUUUUGGCCCAGUUGGACCUGGUUUCGACAAUGGCGCUUAUGAAGGAGGUGAUUAUUCAGCGAUUCCCGGUGAACCUGAUAAAGAUUACCCUAUUCUAUCUUAUGUUCCAGAAACAUCUUUCCGUUGCGAUGCUCAACGUUAUCCCGGUUACUAUGCUGACGUAGAAACACGCUGUCAAGCCUUCCAUGUUUGUUCAAAUAACAUUACAUACGAUUUCCUUUGCCCCAACGGCACCAUCUUUUCCCAAGAAUACUUUGUUUGUGUCUGGUGGAAUCAGUUUGACUGUGAUUCAGCCUUAAGCCUUUAUGAUUUGAAUGCAAAUAUUUACGACUACUCUAUUGUUGGAUCUUCCGGUAUUAAUGGUCAGUCACAAACUUCUUAUCCUGGAAAUCAAGGCCCACAGGGUCAAUCAGGUUACCCAGGCCAAUCAACGAACUACCCAGAUAAUUUUGGAAUCCAGGGACCUUCAUCAUCAUACCCAGGAAGUGAAACUCCUCAAGGAACAACACCGAGUUAUCAGGGAAUUACAGGACAUCAAGGUUCAUAUCCCAGUGCUGGCCCUAGCAACUAUCCAAGCAGCCCUGGACAAAGACCGUCAACAUCUUAUCCUGAAAGUUCCGGAUACCCAACACCAACCGGUCAACAAAGUCCUUCACAAGGAAACUAUCCAGGAUAUCAGAGUACUCCCAGCUAUCCUGGUUCAAGGCCCACAGGAGGAUAUCCAACAGGCAGACCAUCAGGACCUGGAUUUCCAACGGGAACUACUAGACCACAAAGCCCAACCAAUACAGGUUAUCCUGUUCAACCACCAAACAGAGAAUAUCUUCCUCCUAGAAAUUAACCAGGUUGCUAGAAAACUUUAAUACAAAAGACUUAGAUUUAUAUUUCCAACUGCCAGAAUCUUAAAAGUAUUUAUGAAACCAGUAAGCACGUUGACAAAUGAAAAUGUUGGUGCUGUAUAUUUUCCUUGUAAUCGUGCUAUAAAUUAAGUUUAUGAGAUAUUCUUAGCAAUUUUUUUAGUCGUAGAAAUAGCUUUCUCUAGAAUAUAAUAUGGUAUUAUUUCUCUCUUUUCAUCACCUUCUUAAAUGUAAUAAUACUGACCUAAAGUUACCCAGACUAGUGUUCAACUGUUAAAGUACAAAAAAUCUAUUGUGUAAGAUAUUUUCAUGUAAAUAGUUCUCUAUGAUUUUAUUAAAUAAAACAAUGUAUUAGAGAAAUGUGCCGUUGUAAAUACAUGAAUAAAAAUUUAUUUCAAGCAAUAAA